CCUACUGUUCCUAAUGCUAAGUAGCAGCUGAAUCAUAUCUAAUCAUAAUUUCUGACGUUGACAUAUAAUAUUUCAAUGCUCAAACGCAGCCAGUAUACACACAGAGCGUCGAAGCGUAGUGUGUCGUAUAUGUGUAUCAGCCUUGAGUCGUUACAAUGUCUCCUCAGGGUUUCUCCGGUCGGCGUAGAAAAUGUAAACAAAGGCGCGUACGAUUCCUCUCCUGGGUGUUUUGUCUUUUGCGUAUUUCCAUUUGUCAAGCGAUCCUACAUCGUCCAUGACUUUUUCAAGAUACAAAUGAUUUUUUUUAAAUUUGUAUUAGGGAAAUACUUGUAACGGCUAGUAUAUGGAUUCGGUUAAAUGAAUGACGAAACAAAAUUAUUUGUCUAGGUUUUUCUCUGUUGCUGCUGUUCCUGGGCUGACGCUAACAACGCCAUCUCAAGAAGACGAAUCGUCUCCUGCUUUAUCUAGUAGCAAGCAGCCUGUUUCAAAAAAUUUUAUUGAAAUAUUGAGAUUCUUGAAUGGACUUUAUCCGACGCAAUUAAACACCGAUGAAAAUCCGUACGAUUACGAUGAAGAUCAGUUGAACAGUGCACUGUGCAGUUCUAUUGUGAGUACUUGCCUUGGUACGUGUGAAACGUCAUUUAACGAUGAAAGCGUUGAGAGCUUAAUUAACACAAUACGCACUGCUGCCAAUGUCAAUGGAAAUCGUGAUAGUAAACCUGAACGUGCAGAAAAUGAUGGUAAAGACAGAGAUGAGGUUUCAGUCUGUGAUAAAGAAGUCGAUAGAGAAGAAAAUAAAGAAUGGAAAGAAAAUGAAGAAAUUUAUUUAAAAACUAGCAUUCCAUUGGAACAAACUGACGAAUCCUCUUCGUCAAGCAGUUCAAGUGUAAGUACGACAAGCAGUAGUAACACUAGCAGUAGCAACACUAGCAGCACCACAAGGACCAACACUACCAUAAGCUACAGCAUCAGCACAACAGAUGUUUCCGCGCUACCUGCAUCUCCUGUAUGUUCUGCACCUCCACUUCCUCCCGUAUAUUCGGGUCCUUCGAACGAGUUUGGUUUGCCUCGACUAAAAACAAUUACACUUGACGACUUACAAAAGAAUCCAGUAAAAUCAAAAUUGGUACAGAAACGAAGAUACAUAAGGAAGACGUCGCAGCUUCUAAAGCCAAAACCACUGAGAGAAUGUCGAGGACCGGAAGCAAUAAUUCGGGAGGUCGGCGACGUAAGGACAAUCAGUUAUAACCACUUUGUACCACCGCCAUCACGUUCACCGAACGCUGUCAAGAGAUCGAAUCUAAGUGACAGCAGCUACAGUACCUUCUCUGAUGCAAAGAGAUUUGCUCAGACACAGAUUAAGGGUGUUUUUGGAAAAGGAUUUGGUGAAAACUUUCCCAUCGUCAUCAAGAGUCCUCAGCUGAGUGACAGCAGCAGUUCCUCUAGUGAAUCUGGUCGCGAUUAAAAACACGAACCAUCCUCUUACCAUCCUUUAUAGAAAAUCGACUCAUUUUGUAAUAAUUUGAUGAUAUAUUAAUUUUUUAAUCCUCUUAA